AUGAAACCUACCGCUCUCAUCUUAUCCUUCUAUCUCUUUGGUUUGAUGGUGGCGACAAAAUGUUACUUUCCGAACGGCGACGAGGCACCGGAAAGAUACAGGCCAUGUGGCACCCACCGCACAAUCUUCAAUACCUGUUGUGACCGAGGAAAUCUUAACCUCGGUUGUUUGAAGAAUGGUCUAUGUGCAAAGUCUCCUGACAUCAUAAAACGAGGUGCUUGCACGGACAAGGACUGGUCCGGCUGCCAGGAGGUCUGCUCUAUGAGAGAAGAAGAUCGAGACCCUCUAUUCUCACUUCUGGAACCCACUUUUGCGCUCAAAGAAUUUCCAGCUCCCAAGAAUAUGCCAGUAGGAGCCAUAACUGCUGGUGCAAUAGGUGGAGCUUUCGUUGUUGCAAUUGUAUCAGGUCUUGCAUGGCGGUCUUUCCAGCGGAGGAGGAGAGCGACUGGGGUUAUGAACCGUAUGAUUGGCACUCCGGCUCGAGGUGAGAAAGACUCCAAAGCAAACAAAAUUAUUCGGCCUUUGCAAGCCGAAGUUGAUGGUGGACCGAAUAGUGUAUUGGUGGAGUCAGAUGCACGGCCUGUCCAGCCAGGAACUAUGCAUGAGCUGCCAGCCUAG